AUGGAUGACAUUUUGAUCUAUUCGAGGAGCAGGGAGGAGCUUAGUCAACACUUGAGGACAACUUUGCAGAUAUUGCAUGACCGAAAAUUAUUUGCAAAGUUUAGCAAGUACGAGUUCUGGUUAGAGAAGGUGGCAUUCCUGAGUCACGUUAUUUCAAAGGAUGGGGUGGAAGCAGAUCCUGCUAAAGUUGAGGCAGUUAAAGCAGUGCCUAAAAAUACAACUGAGAUACGUAGUUUCCUUAGGUUGGCGGGCUACUAUCGGAAAUUCAUUAAGGGUUUUUCUUCCAUUGCAGUGCCCUUGACUGCUCUGACGAAGAAGAAUGCCAAGUUUACACGGGGAGUUGAUUGUCAAGAUAGUUUUGAGCGGUUGAAGCAAGCACUUACCACGCUGCCAGUUUUAGCCAUGCCAUCAGGACAGGGAGAAUAUGUGUUAUAUACGGAUGCUUCAAAGCUAAAAGCUAGGUUUGGGAGUGGUUCUUAUGCAGCGCGAUCGAGUCAUUGCAUAUGCAUCACGACAAUUAAAAGUGCUUAUUAA